AUGAAAGAUCUGGCCGAUCUACCAACGACGCUACACCAACUCAACGCCCAGCGCCCGAUCAAAAGCAAGCGCAACCGAUGGAACGUGGCAGUUUCGGACUUCGCCCGGCUCACGCAUAACCCGAUCCGUGCCAUCGUCGAGGGACUGAACAUCCAACCGAACCCGAACAAACCGCUGAUCGCGCUCUCCAUAGGAGAUCCGACCACGUUCGGGAACCUCAAACCAUCGCCGGAAACAGUCGAAGCGAUCCGCCAGGCGGUCGAAGACGGCACCGGGAACGGGUAUGCGCCAGCGAACGGUCACCUGGAGGCGAGGGAGGCGGUCGCCCGGUACGUGCAGCACCAGGGCCCAGUGACGCCGAACGAUGUGAUCCUGUGCAGCGGGUGCAGCAGCUCCCUGGACCUCUGCAUCUCGGUGCUCGGUGGCCCGGGCAGGAACAUACUGAUACCGAAACCGGGCUUCUCGAUCUAUCGCACCCUGGCGGAAGGGUUCGGUAUCGAGUGCCGCACGUACGAUCUGCUGCCGGAGCGCAACUGGGAGGCGGAUUUGGUCCAGCUGGAGCAGCUGAUCGACGAGCAGACGUGCGCGCUGGUCGUCACCAAUCCGGGCAACCCGUGCGGUAGCGUCUUCCCACGGGCCCAUCUCGAGGCGAUCGUCGACAUUGCCGAGCGCCAUUUUGUGCCGAUCAUUGCGGACGAGAUCUACGAACAUUUCGUCUUCCCCGACCAUGAGUUCCACUCGGUCAGCUCGCUGUCCAACCGGGUGCCGGUGCUGUCCUGCGGUGGACUGACGAAGCGCUUCCUCGUACCCGGCUGGCGCAUGGGCUGGAUCAUCGUCCACGACCGGGACGGUGUGUUCGGUGAGGUGCGCCGCGGUCUAGCGAACCUCUCCGUGCGCAUUCUGGGCAGCAACACGCUGGUGCAGCGCGCGCUGCCGUCCAUUCUUGACAACACACCGCACGACUUCUUCGACGAUCUAGUCGCCACAUUGCACCGUCACGCCGAGCUGGCGUACAAGGGGAUCAAGCAGAUACGCGGCCUCAACCCGAUCAUGCCCGGUGGCGCGAUGUACAUGAUGGUGGGCAUCGAUGUCGAACAUUUUCCCGAGUUCCAAACCGACCUGAGCUUCGUCGAGGCGCUCGUCCACGAGCAGAGCGUGUUCUGUCUGCCCGGCCAGUGUUUCGAAUAUCCGAACUACUUCCGACUGGUGCUGACCGUGCCGGAGGAGAUGAUUGUCGAGGCUGUGAAGCGAUUGGAGGAGUUCUGCGAACAGCACUAUAAGUUCGACAACGACAUCCUGCUGCAGCAACAGAACGGACUGCUCAAUCAGAUGACACAGCUGUGA